AUGGUUCUUAUCGUGUGUAUAGCUCUCAUUGUCUACUUCGCAGGCCUGUCAGCGAAUACAUCCGAAUCGCCUAUAGACAAAGCACCUCAUGAAUGGCGCAUUACUCGAGAGAUGUGGCUGGCCCGGCCUUACAACUACACCCACACGUUAGACGCCUUUGAGCCAUUGAUGUUGGUCAUCUUUCAGCAUACAGUCAGCCCCCAAUGCAGUCUCUUUAAGAACUGCGCCGCUGAAUUACGCAAUUUGCAAGGCUAUUUUAUAAGUCAUUAUGACUAUGAUAUACCAUACAACUUUCUGGUCGGAAAUGAUGGUCGCGUUUAUGAAGGUCGAGGAUGGAACAUCGAAGGAGCCCAUACGUUUGGCUAUAACCGAUGCUCCAUUGGAAUCGGAUUCAUAGGUGAUUAUCGUGGGGAAAUUGAGAGUCACGCCUCGGUGACUAAAGCUCAGUUAAAUAGAACGAGAAUGCUUCUAGAAGAGGGUGUAAGACUUGGCCAUUUGCGAAAAGACUUCUUGGUCAUUGGUGCCAAUUACUUGGGACCCACGGCGAGUCCAGGAUCCAUUUUAAAUAAUGCGCUAAAACAGUGGCCGAAUUAUGACCACAAAAAUCGCUUUUAUAAACUAAAUUGUGAAAAAAUGGAAGAAAAAUUUGGUAAUACCACAUUAUACUAG